CACGUGUUCCGUCCAGCUCUAUGGUCCAGAUGGACUGCGGAAAUGCACGUGGUUUCUGGUUGUUUCUUUCUGGAUGGUGCAGUCGUUAAACUCAGCGUGUUCACAACUUAAAUAAUACAUAUUUUGAUAUUUUUACCGUGGAAUGGGCAAAUCCAGAAUGAGUUAAUUUAGAAACCUUAUAUCGCCAAAGUUUGGGAAUGGAUUUUACUUUCAGCUGGUCUCCUGGUCAUGGAUGACGUGUGAAUGUUUAUCAGAUUAUUUUUCAUAAUUUAUCUGCGCGUAUAUUACGAUUUUUUUGUGUGUCCAAGAUAAUGAUGACUAGACGUAUAAUGCAAAAGAAGUGGAGACUUGGAUUGUCAAUCGCCCUGUGGCUUGUCAGUGUUCAUCUCAUAUGUGCCCACAGUGAGAAGUCACCAACAGCCCUGUCUAUCAAAGAAGGCUCUGAUGAUCAUAGCAAGGGUGAAGAGACACUAUUAGAGGAUGAAGAUUCUGAAGAUAUGGAGGUGUUUAGACCUACAGACAAGUGGCAAAUUCUCAAACCAGGACAAGCAGUUCCAGCAGGCUCUCAUGUCAGGUUAAAUCUUCAGACGGGCCAAAGAGAGGUCAAGAUGGGCGAGGAGGAAAGUCACAAAUACUGGAGAGAUGGAAAUGGGCCAGGGAUGAUGAACACGCACAGCCCGUCAUUCACAGCUGAGGAGUUGAAAGAAGCUUUAAAAAUGUUUAAAGAAGGAAUGGAUGAUCCUGUGGACACAAAACAAGAUGGGGAUGCAGUGAGGGCUCAAUUUCGCCCCAUCGAAGAGCUGAAAAAAGACAUGGAGGCACUCGACAUGCUUGUGGAAACGGAUGUUCAAGUUAUGAGGAGGCUUUUAAACCAAUUUAACAAUACCAACAGCACAACUGAGGAAAGAAUCACAGCUCUUCAUGACUUGGAGUACCUCGUGCACCAGGUAGAUAAUGCCCAGAAUUUGGUGUCCAUGGGAGGAAUGCAACUGGUUAUAAAUGUUUUAAACAGUACAGACAUUCGUCUCCAAGAGAGUGCUGCGUUUGUGCUUGGAUCUGCUGUUUCAAGUAAUCCAUCAGUGCAAGUUGAGGCAAUAGAAGGCGGUGCGUUACAGAAACUUUUGACAUUGCUUGCCACUCAGCGACCAAUAACAGUAAAGAAAAAGGCAUUAUUUGCUGUGGCCUCACUCCUGCGUCACUUCCCGUUUGCACAAAGUCACUUUUUGAAGCUUGGUGGUGUGCAGGUGCUUAGCGAACUGUUUCAAACACCAGGGACGGAACCUCUGCGAGUGAGAAUCAUCACGGUUCUCUAUGAUAUGAUCAUUGAGAAGGAGUUGAUAUCACAAGUGGGAAUGGACCUUAUACCAGAUUCGUCUCAUCAGGAACGUUUGCGACAGUAUGCUGAAGUCUCCCUCCUGCCCGUGUUGGUGGAGCAGGGGUGGUGCAGCCUGGUGCCUGAGCUUUUAGCGUCACCUGAGCAUGACUGCAGAGAGAAGGCUCUGCGUACUCUGCUUGCCAUGAUGGCUCAAUGUCAAACUCAAUAUAAACAGAAUCCUGCAUUGACAGCCUCUCUUAGUGAACUGCAAAAACAGUACCAAGAACUGGUGCUCACAGAGCAGGACGUAGGAGAGCAGGACGGUUAUUUUGCGGAGAUCCUGGAACUUGUGGACUCUAUGGUGGUUAAAAUGUGACGGGUAUAAACUGGGACUGCUGCUGGUUUCUUAGUACACAAUGAACUAAUAAAAUAGAGUUAUAAAUGA